AUGUUCUGUCUUCUUAUGCACGAUUUCGCGGGAGACAGGUUUGGUGAGUCACUGGCCGAACAGAGUAUCUUUUUGUGUUGGGAGUGCGCUGCCUUGCUGAGGAGGUUCGAUAAAUUCAAGAGGCAGGUCCACACGGCACAGGGCUACUUCUGUGCCCUCAGUUUGAGCUGCGAACAAGACCCGUCGGAGGAGCCGAUGUGCCCCUCGCAGUCCCAGCCCCUCUCCACCCUGGGGCUGACCGUGAACCAGGGCUACGACAAGAUCUACUUCGACUGCACGUCCAAAGCGAACAGCGAGGGGUCGACACGAUACAUCGUGAUCAGCACGUCGGAAAACAUAAAAGACGAGUACAACAUUGCUCAAAUAGUUAAGGAGAACAUCGAUUUGAAGCUGGACGGAAACCCCGCGAGCGGUACAGUCCUUGAGAGCCCCUCGGCCGUGGUGUCGCCUCACAUCGUGAUAAACUCCAAUCCCUUAGGGGCAGAGGACACGUUAAAGGAAGGCGAUGAUUUCGUGGUGCCGGGCGUCACUGUCAGGGAAGGAAAAGUAGAAAAAAAUAGCGGGCGUGGUAGCGGAAGGGGACGUGUUGGAGCGGACACAACUGAAGAGUAUAACACGCUAAGCGAAACCCGGGCCGAAAGGCAAGCGAGGCAGAGCAAAGUUGCCGUGUUCUCGCAUUCCGUGAAGCAAGAGUUGCCACUUAAAAAGAGGGCGGUGGAAACAAACGGGCUGCUGCAUCCAGACGCCCCCCCUAGGAAGCGCUGCACAAGAAAGCCAUCUCCAGAGCGGGAGCCCUGCUGCUAUAUGCCCGGGGCAGAUCCUUCUUCAGUGGCCGAAUCGGGGUCCUUUGCGAUAAAGAAGGAGGUAGAACAAACUAGCGGAAUGGCGGUUGCGGUUGGUGCCGAAGUACAGCUCGUCAGUACACCGAAAACUAGGAAACGCAUUGUCAUUGGGGCACACGACCCGAGUUUCGAAGGGACGAUAGACGAGAAUGAGAGCGAGAAUGGCUUGUGCGCUGACGAGACUUACGAGACAGACGAGACAGACUUUGACCCUCCACAUACAACGCAAGACGAGCCCGCCUCUAUGGCCGACUAUACGGCCUUCGAAGGAGACAUUCUGGAAAGCGAGGACGCAAUAAACGACAGUGCCUUGCGAAGUAUCGCGCCAGAGAACGCGUUCGAUUUCCCCUGGCGCAAAGAGGAGAGCGCAUUCCAGGGGAGGCGGGAGACCUUCACGGGAACACCGGGACCCACCUUCGACGUGACGGAUUCGAUCCUCGACGUGUUCUACAAAAUGUUCGACGUCGAGUUCGUCGACAUGCUGUGCGCGGAGACGAAUUCCCACGCGAGCCAGAGGAUGGAGCUGCUGCGAUCGCAGGGGAAGCUCACGCCCAACAUCCUCCUUCACCGGUGGGUGCCUACCGACAGGGACGAAAUGAUAACGUUCCUGGCAACAUUGAUCCUGCAGGGGCUCUACCACAUACCCGAGCAGGAGCGCUACUUCAAGCACAACGGCUUCGGCACCAUGCCGUACUUCCGCGCGAUAAUGUCGUACAAAAGAUUUCUGCUGCUGAAGACGACGCUGCACUUCGCCGCCAGCGAAGCGGCCGACACGGCGUCCGAACUGUGGAAGGUCAAACCGGUGGUCGACUAUUUCAACGGGAAGUUCUCCGGCCUGUACUAUCCGUCGAGGGAGGUGGUAGUGGACGAGUCACUACUGAAGUGGCAGGGGAGACUGGGCCCCUCUCGGCGGAUAUCGAGCGGGCCGUCGACGGCCCCGAGGGUGGGCAUGAGGGCGUGCGAACUGUGCGAGUGUUCGACCGGCUACGUCUGGAGAUUUUCAGUGUACGCUGGUAAAAAAGAACGGACCGGUGAAACGACAGAAUACCCAAUCGACUAUAACGAAGGAUCCGAUAUCGCAACGCCAUCUACAAAACUCGUUAUUGACAACGGUGAUGUAAGACCGAUCGACGCGCCAGCACUAGUCGUGUACAAGCUAGUCGAACCGCUGCUUUACCGCGGACACACCCUGAUAACGGACAACCGCUAUAACAGUCCGUUAUUAGCGCGUUGUCUGAAACGACAGAAGACCGACGUUUACGGCACGUUGCGGCUGAACCGCGAGUUCGUUCCGGACUCACUGAAGAGCCUAACGGAGACGGACCUUAAACAGGGUGAAACAGUUGCGAGCUACUGCUCCGACCUGUCGGUAAUGGUGUGGCGUGACGCCAACUUGGUUGGCAUGAUUUCGACGUACCAUCCGCCGCGGGCCGGCGCCGCACCUAAGCACAGGCCCAAUUGCAAACCCAACAUUGUGCUGGAGUACAACAAGGCGAUGGGGGGAUUGGAGAGGAAGGACCAGUUUCUGUCCGCUCACCCGGUAGAGCGCGGCGAGAACGUCGCGUGUUACAAGAAACUGUUUCGCCGUCUGUACAACGCCGCGAUAUUUAACAGCUACAUCAUUUACACCGCGAAAAAUCCGAAUAUAUCUCACAGACGCUUCAGGACAUCGUUGGCGGAGGACUUGUUGAAGGCGCACAGAAAAAUCGACCUCGCCUCGAUUACGAUGCCGUCGCUGACGAAGAGGAAGAGCGGCAACAGGUGUAUCGUGGAGGAAGACCACUUCCCCAUCCGGACUGGCUCCAAGAAGACCCGGUGCUGGCUAUGCUACCAGCUGAAGAUACAAAGCCGGACAAUAUGGAAGUGCAGACAAUGCCAGGUGAACCUAUGCAUCGAGGGCUGCUUCCGUUCCUACCACAAAGCG